UUCAAAGUUGAAGGAAGGGCAAAAAACAACUCAACUUAAAAAGUAAAACUUGGAUAACGAUAACAAGAUGGAUCCUUGAAGGAAAAGCGUUGUUGUAAUGCGACACCAUUGUUUUGGAACCCAUUAUUUUCUUCUUCGUCAUUUCAAAUGCUCCUAUCAAUUACAAAAAUUAGUCUAUUUUGUGAUAAUCUCGUUUCCAAGUGUCCAAUUGGCCAUAGUUGUGUUCUCGUAUCAUAUGAAGGCAAAUGACAUCUAUGUGCUUCGCUUCAAGUAAUCUCAACGUGCUUCACAGUAGUCAGAACACCUUGGUGUACCCUAUAUAAUAGGAAACUAAAGGGACUGAGGAGUUGCGAAGCAGGAGAGGUGUUCUCAAAACCUUAUCCAAGCCAAGUCAUCAGAUUUGUUUGUAUAUGAGCCGAUCUCAUGUUGAUGUUUACUAAUCAUGAGCAUUCCUACUCAAGUCUGACAGGAUGAAAGGUCUUUUGCUCUCUUGUUCCCUAAUUGCAGUGGCCUUAUUGAAGGUUAAUUAUGCUGCUGACAGUAAAAUAUUUUUGGCCACGGGUGUUGGUAAUCUUCAUUCUGAAUUGAUUGAUCCCACGACAAAAGAGAACAACUGUCAAAACACUCCCCCGUAUCCGAAACGAGUUACAGGUGCCGUGGGAGGCGUGAUCAAUGACAAUACGACGCCCUUAGUGUGCGGCGGCUUCCCUUAUGAGGAAGGCAUCGUCUAUACCGACCUUUGUUACACGUUCGAUUUUGCCGAAAACCGUUGGUCACCAUCAGACAUCGCUUUGACAAGUCCUCGGAGAUUUGGAGCUUCCUUGACCCUGCCCGAUGGUCGGAUUUGGGUGACUGGUGGCCAAGGAGAGGCUGGAACAACGGCUUCGACUGAAAUUUUCGAAAAUGGUACUUUUGGCCCUGGACCAGAUAUGCCUGUUCCUAAAGAGGAUCACUGCAUAGUUCAAUUGGAUGAAACGAGGACCUUAGUUGGCGGCGGUGGGCCCAUUUCCACAUCAGUCUUCAUCUAUGAUUGGUCCACUCAAGAGUGGGAAGUAAAAUCUCCCUUGAGGCUGGGAAGACGGGGGCUCUCAUGUGGAAAAUUUGAGACUUCUGAUGGCCUUCAAGUGAUCUUUGUGGGUGGUGAAGGUGAAGGUUACUUCAAAAAGACCACCGAAAUCCUCAACGUAGACAACGACAAAAUGGUGGCAGGCCCAGAGAUGGAGAAAGAGAACUAUGGAGCACAUAUGGUCGAAUUCGAAAAAGAGCUAUUCUUAGUUGGUGGCACUGAUGACUUUUUCUCGACCAGCGAUAUCCUCAAGUUUAAUGUUGAAGCAAUGACUUUUGAACUCACCGAAGCUAGUCUAAAAGAACCUCGGGAGGUGUUCGUUUCUAUGAUUGUUCAGAAUGACGUGAGUGGGUGUUAAUAAAUCAUGCUUUCAACUUGA